CCUCGGGAGUAGGUGCUGCGCGCCCGCCCACCCGUCCGCCGCGCGUCCGGGAGCCGGGACGGGACUCGGUCCGCGCCGCCGCGCUGCCCUGCGCUCCCCUGCGCUCCCCUCCCCGCGCGAGCUCCCGCGGCGGCUCCCGCGGCAGGCCAGGGUCCUCGACCCGCCGGGCCCCGGACAGCAGCGUGCGGCCGCAGAGCGGGGCAGGGGUGGGGACGGUGCCUUUUGUCCCUGGACAUCCCUAGAAGGAGCCCCAGUAGUUUGCAGCGGGACGCGCGCGUGCAGGCGGCCAAGGCAGCCCCGACGUCGCCGGUGCGAGCGCGCGGAGCCAGCGAUGGGCAGCGGGCGCGGCGCGGGGGGCCGCCGCUGGGCCGCCUCGGGCGUGCUGCUGGCGCUCGCCGCCGGGCUCCUGGCCGCGGGCUCGGCCAGCGAGUACGACUACGUGAGCUUCCAGUCGGACAUCGGCUCGUACCAGAGCGGGCGCUUCUACACCAAGCCGCCGCAGUGCGUGGACAUCCCGGUGGACCUGCGGCUGUGCCACAACGUGGGCUACAAGAAGAUGGUGCUGCCCAACCUGCUGGAGCACGAGACCAUGGCCGAGGUGAAGCAGCAGGCCAGCAGCUGGGUGCCCCUGCUCAACAAGAACUGCCACAUCGGCACCCAGGUUUUCCUCUGCUCGCUCUUCGCGCCCGUCUGCCUCGACCGGCCCAUCUACCCGUGUCGCUGGCUCUGCGAGGCCGUGCGCGACUCGUGCGAGCCCGUCAUGCAGUUCUUCGGCUUCUACUGGCCCGAGAUGCUCAAGUGUGACAAGUUCCCCGAGGGGGACGUCUGUAUCGCCAUGACCCCGCCCAAUGCCACCGAAGCCUCCAAGCCCCAAGGCACAACUGUGUGUCCUCCAUGUGACAACGAGUUGAAAUCUGAUGCCAUCAUUGAACAUCUCUGUGCGAGCGAGUUUGCACUGAGGAUGAAAAUAAAAGAAGUGAAAAAAGAAAAUGGGGACAAAAAGAUUGUCCCCAAGAAGAAAAAGCCUCUGAAGUUGGGGCCCAUCAAGAAGAAGGAGCUGAAAAAGCUUGUGCUGUACCUUAAGAAUGGGGCCGACUGCCCUUGUCACCAGCUGGAUAACCUCAGCCACCAUUUUCUCAUCAUGGGGCGGAAAGUGAAGAGCCAGUACUUGCUGACAGCGAUCCACAAGUGGGACAAGAAAAACAAGGAAUUCAAAAACUUCAUGAAGAAAAUGAAAAAUCACGAAUGUCCUACUUUUCAGUCGGUCUUUAAGUGAUUCUCA